AUGAACAAAUUUGGCCUUGUAUUUGUGGUAGCACUCACUGCCUUGAGCAGCACAACUGCGCAAUCGCCACGUUCCGCAACUGAUUUAGCUUUCGAUAUGUACAACGGGUGCCUCAAGGAUUUCAGCACAUCUUGUGUGAAGCCGAAGGCAAUGCAGUGGUUUAAUCAAGCCAUCAAUCAAGAUGAGAUAUUUGUCACAGAUAAAUUAUCGAUUGUACGCACAGGCCAAAUAGAACCAGUUGAGCAACGUGCCAUCAACGACGAAGAAACAAUGUUCGACGACAUUGACAAUUUCUUAGCGACGCAUGCAUUGCGUAUCAAAGCACCGGAAUACUUCAAAACUCCAGAGGCACGUUCAUACGUGCCCGAUUUCUUAUUAAAUAAUGCCUUAACCAAAGGCGCUGUAGUGCCACUAGCUGAGAGGAACUCCAAUCAAGGACGUGGUAUGGUACGCAAGGUUCUUUUGCCUUUCCUUUUGGGUCUUAAACUUAAAACUACUGUACUAGUGCCAUUAGCUCUUGCCUUGAUCGCAUUGAAAACAUGGAAGGCCAUGACUUUGGGUUUACUUUCCUUGGUGUUAUCUGGCGCUUUAGUUAUUUUCAAAAUAGCCAAACCUAAGAUUGUUAACUAUGAAGUUGUGCAUUAUCCACAUCAUGUCGAUCAUAUUGAACAUAUUCCUCAUCAUGUCGAGCAUAUUGUUCCACAUCAUAUUGAACACAUCGUACCACACCAUUUGGAUCAUCAUAUUGAUCAUCACCUAGAGGUACCUCAUCAUAUUGAACACGUUGAACAUUUGGAUCACACUGCACCAGGAUGGGAUCCUCAUGCUUGGGCGCGUUCAUCACAGGAGCCCAAAGACGCACAGGAUAUGGCAUACGCUGGACAAAACAGACGUUAA